CAUACCAGGUAUUCUAAUUAUUACUGUGUGUUCUCUUUUGAGCUUUAAGCCGAAAAAUUGUUAUUAUUUGAAACAAAUAACAAUUCGCAUUUAAGAAAAUCUUUCUUGUAUUACUGCUAUACUAAUGUGUUUAGUUCGUAUUAUUAGUAGUUGAAAGAUAGAAUUAAUUAAAAGUCGACGCCACUGCAUUGUCGAAAUUUCUCUUUUUGAUCACCUGUAUUUUUUGACAUAACAUUCGACGUUCUUUUUAAUUACGUACUGGGGGCAAAAAUGAUGUUUUCCUUUAAUAUAUGUAACCUUCAUUUUUAUUGCUUCAUCAUUUCUUUAAUGUUGAAUUCAUAUUGAAAAAAAAUGUUAUGUAUGUAUAUGUAAUGCUUACGUAACACGUGAGAUCUUAAACCAGUAAAUAUUUUUCAAACAAAUAUGAUUUUAUAGUUAAAAUAAUAUUUCAAUAGGGAAUAUUUUGAAAAACAUAAAUGCGACUGGAAACGCUCAAGAUUUAGCAGAACGAAUUUGGAGAGAAUCUAAAAGAUAUUAUUUCUUAAGUUCUGUUAAACCCCUAGAUGAUUAUAACAUUGUUAACCUAGUAAAUGAAACAUGUGUUAUAAUUGUUUGCUCUACUACUGGAGAAGGUGACGAACCCGAUAAUAUGAAAAAAUUUUGGAGGUUUUUAUUACGAAAAAAUUUAUCUCCAAGUUCUCUUUCGAAUCUAAGAUUUGCGGUAUUUGGAUUGGGCGAUUCUAGUUAUACUAAGUACAAUUUUGCUGCAAAGAGACUUUAUAAAAGAUUAUUGCAGUUGGGAGCUAAUCAAUUAUUACCAUUAGGAUUAGGAGACGAUCAGCAUGAUUUAGGUUAUGAUGCAGAAGCUGAUCCUUGGAUUGAAAAAUUAUGGAAUACUUUAUUACAAUUGUAUCCACUACCUUCAACGGUUCAACCACUGCCAAAAAAUUAUAAAGUAGAACCAAGAUGGAAGAUAUUUAGUGGUAUUAUUAAUAAUGAAAGUAAAAUAAACAUAAGGCAUAAAUCUAUUUAUUCUGUGAUUAAAAAACCAAAUGAUUUCACUGCUAGAAUUAUUCAGAAUAAAAGAAUUACAGCUUCUAAUCAUUUUCAGGAUGUUAGAUUAAUAAAAUUAAAAUGCGAAAAUCAACAAUACUCACCUGGAGAUGUGGUAGUUUUAAGACCAAGAAAUCUAAAGUGGAAAAUACAAGAAUUUUAUGAUGUACUUACUACUAAUGGUGUUAAAAUCACCCCGGAAACUAAAAUCACCGUCGAACAAAAUGACCCAACCAUGAAAGUACCGGAAGUAUUAACCCAAGAAGUUACAUUUGAAGAAUUGUGUUCUGAAUAUUUUGAUCUAAUGUCCAUACCGAGAAGAUACACUUUCCAAAUUUUAGCUCAAUUAACUGAUAGCGAAUUAGAAAAAGAAAAAUGUCUAGAAUUUACAACAGCCGAAGGACAACAAGAUUUAUAUUCCUACACUUACAGACCAAAGAGAAACAUCGUGGAAGUUUUACAAGAUUUUCCACACGCUACUAAAAACUUGAAUCUUGAAAUACUUCUGGAAAUCAUACCGCCUAUUAAACCUCGAGAAUUUUCAAUAGCCAGUAGUUGUAGGGCUCAUGUAAAAGAAAUACACGUUCUAUUAGCCGUGGUUAAAUAUAAAACUAAAUUAGCUAAAGAGAGGUAUGGCUUGGGAUCUAAUUUUUUAGCUGGAUUGAAAGAAGGUGAUGAAAUAACCGGAUGGGUUAAAAAAGGAAGUUUCAAGUUUCCAUCUGAUCCGAAUAUUCCUGUAAUAAUGGUAGGACCAGGAACGGGAGUAGCACCAUUUCGUAGCUAUAUAUUUGAACGAUGCUUAGAGGAUGAUAGCAAUGAAAAAAAUUUAUUUUUAUUCUUCGGCUCCCGUUACAAAGAUAAAGAUUAUUUAUGUAAAGAAGAUUUUGAAGAUAUCAGUAACAAGCAGAAAUUAAAUUUGAUUACAGCUUUUUCUAGAGAACAGGAUGAAAAAGUGUACGUGCAAGAUAAAAUAAAAGAAAAUAAACAUUUGGUGUGGGAUGCCUUAAAACAGAAUGCUCACAUUUUUGUGGCAGGUAGUGCUAAAAACAUGCCCAAAGAUGUCAGAAGGGCUUUUGUUGAGGUUUGUCAAGAAUGUGGUAACAUGGAAGAGGAAGAAGCCAACACGUAUAUAGGAAAAUUGGAAAAGAAUGGACGUUACCAAACAGAAUGUUGGUCAUAAUCAUAAAAUCGUUUAUUUUGUUUUUUUUUUGGUAUCAAAAACUUGAAAACUUAUAAUUAUCUCACUGUUUGGAAAAGUUAUUUCAAAAAUUGGAAAAGAGUGGACGUUAUCAAACAGAAUGCUGGUCGUCGUAAAAAAAUGUUUAUUGUUGUGAAUAAAAAUGUUCGUUUUAUCA